GAUUGGAGAAAGCGUAGCGUCCGUCAGCAGCAAGCAGGACACCAAGUGUAUUGACUCCCACUGUGACGAAUUUUGUAUUUCCAAGUAAUUGCUUCCUGAACUCUUGCGAUCUAACUCAAAUUACAUUAUACUUGAUUUUGUUAUGUGUACAUUUCUAUUCUAAUUCUGUGUGAUAUACUAAUCUGAGCUUUUGGACUAUUCAACAUGGAUGAUCUCCCAAGUGAAUACGAUGUUAUUGUCAUUGGUACUGGGAUGACUGAGUCAAUUGUAGCUGCAGCUGCUAGUCGUGUUGGUAAAAGGGUACUUCAUCUUGAUUGUAAUGAAUACUAUGGAGGAAUGUGGGCAGCAUUCAAUUUCGAUGGACUUCAAAAAUGGUUAGCAGAAUGUCAAAACAAAUCAAGUGAACUAGAACAUGAGAGCACUGACAAUUUGUUGAAAGAAGGUGAAAGUCUGGUCAAAGCUGGUAGUCAGUUUGCAACUGUUUUCAACAUCGAGGAGAAAUGGUUAAUACCUGAAGUUUUACAAGAAAAAGAUGGGGAACCGCAACCAUCAAAAGACACACAGACUGAAGGCAAUUGUGAUCUAGCCAAAGAGGAACAUGAAGGUGGCUUAGAAAAGGGUGAAAAAGAAUCGUCUGAAAGUGAAAAGGACAAGGAUUCAUCACAGUCUAAGUGUUGGAGCCAAAACAAACUAAAAACAUUGUACAGGAAAUUCAAUUUGGAUCUUGCUCCCAAGCUUCUGUAUGCCAGAGGAUCACUUGUAGAGCUUUUAAUUUCUUCCAACAUCGCUCGAUAUGCAGAAUUCCGAAGUGUAUCUCGAGUAUUGACGUACAUUAAUGACAAGCUUGAAACUGUCCCAUGCUCUCGAGCUGAUGUCUUCUCUACAAAAGAAAUCUCAGUCGUUGAAAAACGAAUGCUGAUGCAACUGCUCACGUUAUGUCAUGAGUAUGCUAAAGAUCCAGACAAUAAGGAAUUUCAAGGGUUUGAGAAUAAGACGUUUGUGGAGUACUUGGAUUCCAAGAAGCUGACAACCAACUUGCGUCAUUACGUGCUGUACGCCAUCGCAAUGUCCACCAACUCAACACCAUGCAUGGAGGGUGUGGAGCGGACUCAACGCUUCCUUACAAGCCUGGGACGUUACGGCAACACUCCCUUCCUUUGGCCUAUGUAUGGCAGUGGAGAACUCCCCCAAUGCUUUUGUAGGUUGUGUGCUGUGUUUGGUGGAGUGUAUCACCUGAAGAGAGCAGCCAACUCUGUGAUAGUCGCCCAGGGUGGGGAGGGAGGUCCUCAUUGUGCGGGUAUUGUGUCAGGUUCCCAGCGUCUCACUACUCAACAUCUGGUGAUUGCUGUGUCUGAUGCACCCAAGUCCUUUCUCAAGUCUGCUCCUACGGGGGGCCUAUCUCGAGGCAUCUUCAUUACUGACAGGUCAAUCCUGACUGGAAGCAAGGAGUCUUUGACUUUGCUUCAGUUUCCUCCUCAAGACGGCAAUGGAGAACUUGUUACUGUCAUCGAAGUGGGGCCUUCUACCAACGCCUGUCCAUCUGGUCUUUUUGUUGUACACAUGACUUGUCGCCAAGUGAAGAGUGCAAGGGAGGACUUGGCUAGUGCUGUAUCAACACUACUGCACACCGAACCUUGUGAAGGAGUUUAUAGAUCCGAUACCCAAUCUCAGGCCUCUCAGAAGAAUGAUGAAGACAAGGAUGUAGAAGGCACUGAUAUCAGCCAAGCAGUGAUUCAGCCUGUCAAACCUCAGCUACUUUGGUCUCUCUACUUCAACUGUCCAGAAACCUCCAGUUGUGAUCUAUCAGCGGAUGUUCCAAGUAAUGUACACCUUUGCUCGGGUCCUGAUCUUGAUUUGGACUUUGAAGUUGCUGUGAAACAGGCAAAGGAUAUUUUCAAGAAGAUGUACCCAGACUGUGAGUUUCUGCCCCGAGCUCCAGACCCAGAAGAAAUAGUGCUAGAUGAUGACACAGAGCCCGGCCCCGCCUUCAUAGACAACAAGGCGGAGUCUGACACCCCCGCCCCCGCUGAGUAGCCUUUAUAACUGGUGUUGAUUCUUUACUAUUUAUAUUUUGUAGUUAACAAUGUGAAAACUUUAUUUAAACAUCAAGAAAUUUCUAUUGUGCUGCAUGUUAAACAACGCGGUACUUAAAAGUAUGAUUGUGUGUUGAUGGUUAAGAUAUUCCACUUUAAUCUACAACUAUGUAUUCAAAUAUAUAAUUGCUUUUUUAUUUACCUAGAAUUUAAGCUUUGCAUUUUUGCAAGGAUCAAGGUUAAUGAAAGCUGCUUAUUGCUCCAAUUUGUUUUUAGCGUUAGUUUUUACUUUUCACAUUAUUUCUGUAUUAUAGUUGUAAAUGGUAAUAUUAUUUAUGUAUUACCACUAUAAUUGCUAUUUUAUCAAAUAUAGUUAAUUAAUUAAGUUAAACUCAAACGAUGAUUUCCAAAAAUAGACAUAUUGUUACUAAUCUCAUAAGUAAUAAUCGUUCUGUAAUUUGGAAUUAGGCCUACUUUAACCUUGUACUGAAUGUUUCAGAAAUUAAUUCACAUUCAUCUCCUUUUUCUCGGUUCGUGUUUAUAGCCUAGUAAAUGGAGAUUGUGUAGUACAGUAUUUUCAAAAUAAGUAUUCAUUUUAUUUUUUUUCUUAAAUGGACUUGUAGUUUUUUGGCCUUGUGCCUUUUAUAUUGCGAUAUUGAGCAAAAGUAAAUAAUUAAUUGUGUAAAUCUUAUCAUUAUAAACAUUACUAUAAUUUGAUAUUGUAAAUAAUGAAGUAAAUUUGUCUAGUUAACUCGGAUUUCCAAAUAUUCUGAAACAUUAAGAGUUACAAGUAAAUUCCCAAAUUAGAAAUAAUUUUAACUAGGUACAUUUUUAAAAAUCCAAACUUUUUUUAGUUGUCAAAUAUAGAAAUGUAUUGAUAGUAUAUUAAUAGUAGGUAACAACCAGUAAAACAUUCUGUGUUUUUUUUGGAAAUCUAAAACUAAACUAAAAAUGCAAUCUUUCAAAUAGGCUGUAGUUUUACUGAUCAAUUUUUGUAUAUCAUAUUGGCAAACUGACUUGUAUACAUAUAUUUUAAAAAUAUUAAUAAAAGUACUAUAAUGCCAAUUGUUUUUACCAAUUGUCUUUCGUAGUAAUAUUUUUGUUCAAAAAACAUUAUCAGAUAUUGUUAAUAGUUUUAUGCUGAAGUCUUAUUUUAUAUGCACAGAUGCACCUUUUUAGCUGAAUUGCUAUCAAAUACAUUCCCAAAAAAAUUGUAUCUUGGAAAGCAGGUUAUAAAAUUUAUAUAGUAAAUUAGUUUAGUAUUUUUGUUAAAUUGUGUUGGAACAUUCCCCAAUAGUUUACACUUGAUGAAAUGUAGUCAAGGAUUCAGGAUCUCAGAAAAUUUGUUUACACUAGUCAAAGAUUGGGGUUGGAAUUUUUGUGUUUGUGGAUAUAUUUUAUUGGGUCAUACUUUCUGGCUGUUUAUUGUAAAAAAUAAGUAUUUACGUUACAUCUUUUUUUAGUUUUUUUUUUUUAUAUUUUUGUUCCUAUUUUUAUAUGUUAUUAAAGAGUGUGCUGUAAACCAAAUACUGUGAUGAUAAAGUUAAAUUAACAUGUUGUAUGUUUACUGAUUUAUAUUUUGUGAAACUGAAGCUUGGUGACUGGUAAGCCUCAAAGUCUAGCUUCAACCUCACUGCUUUGCUUAGUGGCCAGAAAUAGAACAUUGUGUUUGUCUGAUGCUCCAAUAUAUUAUUAUUUAACUGAAAA